UCUUCGUGAAGUGGUCGGGUAUCACAGCCAGUGAGCCUUGUUUUGAUCAACUAUUAUAUGCAACAAAGAUGAAGACUUUGAGUAAAGAAGAUAUGGAUAAAGGCUAUGGUUUUUCCGCUAAAUACCCUAGGGAUCAUCCAAGGAAUCUUAUUCCAGAUCUGUGUCGACAGUUUUACGAUCUUGGUUGGUUGACUGGUACGGGUGGAGGAAUAAGCAUUAAACAUGGGAAAGAAAUAUACAUUGCACCAUCUGGAGUACAGAAGGAAAGGAUACAGCCAGAUGAUCUGUUUGUUUGUGAUAUUGAAGAAAACGAUAUCUGCCUACCACCACCAGCUAAAAAGCUGAAGAAAAGCCAAUGUACACCAUUGUUUAUGGCAGCCUACACAUUGAGAGGUGCUGGUGCUGUUAUUCAUACACAUUCCAAGCAUGCUGUCAUGGCAACACUGCACCAUGAACGUGAGUUCCGUGUGACACAUCUUGAGAUGAUAAAAGGAAUCAAAAAGUGUAAAUCAAAAGAAUAUUACAAGUUCUAUGAAGACUUGGUUGUACCAAUCAUUGAGAACACUCCUCAUGAGGAAGACUUAAAGGAUUCUAUGGUUGAAAUCAUGGAUGAAUACCCAGAAACCACUGCAAUCCUGGUGCGUCGGCAUGGAGUUUAUGUGUGGGGUGACACAUGGGAGAAAGCAAAAGUCAUGUGUGAGUGCUAUGAUUACCUAUUUGACGUAGCCAUCCAGAUGAAGCUACUGGGUAUCAAUCCUGCUGUAAAAUCGAAAAAUUGUCACUCAAAAUGCUGUGUUAAUUUACACCCUAUGACAUGAUACCUUUAUCAUCAUCGUCGACACUAGAGAAAAACGUUUGCGCAUGCGUGCACUUUAGCACGUUUUCUAAGAAUUUCGAAGAGUUUGAGUGAGAAAAGAAAUGUUUGUUUUCUUCAAGUAUGCAA